AUGAAAUACUUAAAUAGUUCAUGUAGAACAAGUACGUCAUCGGGCGUCAUCUCUGAAAUAACCACCUGUAAUGUUUGCCUACGUCAAAACAACCGGUCACUGUGCGACUUCACUGACCUUCACACAGGCCAACCCUGGGUCAGUGAAGGCAGUGAGAAAUCUGGACUCUCUGGGUAUUACUACCAGGGUGUGUGGCGAUCACUAGGUGGCACCAAAGUUCACAAAUUCAACAAUGCCUCUGCCAUGAGUCAGUGUCUGAAAGGCAAGACGGUCCACCUGUAUGGAGACUCCACCAUCAGACAGUGGUAUGAGUACCUGGAUGCUGCACUACCAGAUGCUAAGAGGGUUAAUCUGAAUGGCAGCGAGCAAGCAGGACCUUUAAUAAUGUGGGACAGUGCAAAGGACAUCUUGGUGACGUACCGCUGCCACGGUCCUCCUAUUCGUUUUCACAAGGUCCCAACCAGUCAGCUCCGUUACAUCGCCAAUGAACUUGAUGGACUGGUUGGUGGUUCCAACACAAUUGUGGUUGUUGGCAUUUGGUCCCAUUUCAGCACAUUCCCAAUACAGAUCUACAUCAGGCGGCUUCAGAGCAUCCGAGGGGCGGUGGUCCGUCUGUUGAAUCGAGCUCCAGACACACUGGUGGUCAUCAGGACUGCAAACCUCAAAGAUCUUACGCUAUAUGAGACGUUAACCAACAGUGACUGGUACUCACUUCAGGGGGACAAGGUGAUCAGAGCUGUGGUCAAAGGAGUAAAUGUUCAUAUAGUGGACGCCUUGGAGAUGACCUUAGCCCAUCACCUGCCACACAGCCUUCACCCACAACGUCCCAUCAUUAGAGAUAUGAUAGAUGUUCUCUUGUCCUAUAUAUGCCCCCAAUAG